AUGGUGGGCGCUGGCCGGAGAGCAGCAGCGGCAGUGGUUGAAGCUGAAGAGGUUUAUGUGGAGAAAAUGCAGAGUAGUGUUGCAUCUGAUGCAAGUGAUGGGAUUGGCAAUAGAUGUUUUACUGGUCUUUAUUUUGAUAAAGAGGCUGUAGAAUCUGAUGAAGGUAGAGAAGCAUUGUUGUCUGUAGCUAUGAGAUAUGGAGUUCCUGCAUCUGAAGUGGUAUCUGAAGUUGCUGCAUAUUGUAAUGAAAGAAAAAGAGCUAGAAAGCAUGCUGAACAAUCUGUAGAAAAUAUUUAUCUUUGGGCUUUGCUGAAGAACAAGGAGGUGUUCAUUGUUUGCAGCGGCAAAACUGUGUCUCUGUUCUACACUCCAAGCCAAUCGGUGUAA